AUGGAUCCGUUAUACAUUCAACCUCAUUUUCCUUUUCUACAAGUCUCAAUACUAGGGUAUGGCUGCAUGGGGCUUACAGGUAUCUAUAACAAUCCUCUCCCUAAGGAAGAAGGCAGCAAAGUGCUAAAGGAAGCUUUUAAUAGAGGAGUUACAUUCUUUGAUACUGUUGAUGUAUAUGGGGUUCAGCAUGCUAAUGAGAUACUAGUUGGGAAGGUUCAUCGUGUACUUGCGGACAUAGUUUCAGCUUCAGCUAAUGCUACACCAGGACUUGGGAGAUAUCCUCCAUUUGAACGAGAGGUGGUGACAAUUGCUACAACAGCUCUGGAGGGGUAUAAGAAUGAUGCAAAGGCCAUGGUGAUUGCACUUGUUAUCAUUUUCUUAUGUAAUAUCGGAACUAAUGGCUUACCUGAUAACAAAGAUUGUUCUCUGAUAACAAAGAUCCAAAAAGUAGAUAAGUAUCCCACCCUUAAUCAGGUUUGGUCUGCACCAAAUUACUGCUAUCGGUGUGGCAACAUGGCUUCAAUUUUGAGCUUUAGUGAAAACAUGGAGAGAGAGGUAAAGUUUUUCACAGAAACUGAAAAAAACAAUCAGAUGAUAGGACCAAGGACAGGGGUACCUUACUUUUUAUCUAUUGGAGAUAAAGAUGUUGAGGAGUUCAUUAUUCCAGUUCCUCAUGUCAAACAAGUGAAGCUAUCUUCUUCUUGUGGGUGGCUUGUAAUUUCAAGUGAUGGAGUCUGGAAUGCUCUUUCCACUGAAUCAGCUCUGGAAUGCAGUCACGGAUUGGUUCCGGAAUCAGCAGCAGCACAAAUUGUCAAAGGGUUUUCUUGA